GGAGAAAGGAAAUGCAGGACGAGUUGCAGGAGAGAAAGGAGAAAAACAUCCACAGUGGGGGUGGAGGAAGAACUCUGAGUGCUAACAACCCAUCCUGUGGUUUUCAAAGACCACGUACAACAGCCGUGAAAGUGUGAGCCAUGACGAAACUGGAGAGAUGGGGGUUUAACAAGAUGCAAGAACAAUCUGAGAACGGAGAGCUCAUUUCAACGUGAUACCCCACUCUGAGAGCAAGAAAGAAGAACUUCUAUCUUGAGGAGCCUGAAGCCAAGGAUACCAGCAGAGCCAACAUUUGCUUCAAGUUCCUGGGCCUGCUGACAGCGUGCAGGAUGCUGAUGGAACCUGGCAGAGGCUGCUGUGCCCUGGCCAUCCUGCUGGCAGUUGUGGGCAUCCAGUCUGGUGGAUGCAUGAACAUCACCAGCUCAGCUUCCCAGGAGGGAGCCAGAUUAAACUUAAUCUGUACUGUGUGGCAUAAGAAAGAAGAGGCUGAGGGGUUUAUAGUGUUUCUGUGCAAGGACAGGUCUGGAAACUGUUCUCCUGAGACCAGUCUGCAACAGCUGAGACUUAAAAGGGAUCCUGGGAUAGAUGGUGUUGGUGAAAUAUCAUCUCAGCUGGUGUUCACCAUAAGCCAAGUUACACCGUCGGACGGUGGGACCUACCAGUGUUGUGCCAGAAGCCAGAAGUCAGAUAUCCGCCUUCAGGGCCAUUUUUUCUCCAUUCUAGUCACAGAGACGGGGAACUACACAGUGACGGGAUCCAAACGACGACACCAUCUUGAAUUCGGCCAUAGUGAAGGCACUCUCAGUUCAGGCUUCCUACAAGAAAAGGUCUGGGUGAUGCUGGUCACCAGCCUGGUGGUCCUACAAGGCACAGAGAAGCAAGCAAUGGAGCACAGCGGGAGAGAUGCGAAUAUGCCAAGAAUCUGUGGAAACAGGAGCUGGGGCAAAUCAGUGUGCACCUUGACUUUCCCCCCUCACUGUCAGAGCAAACUUGCCUUCUGCCCUCCUAAGCUCCAGUAAAUAAAAUAGCUUUCACAAAGUGGCUGGUAUACUGUUCUCAAAUACUGGAUAAAUAUAUGCUUUUUUGUACCCCAGAACAACUUUUCCUCCUUCCUCAUCAACACGGUAAAAUAAGUCAAGUCAAACAAAAGGAGAACACCAAAUGUGGGGGGAAGAAAUUUUUAUUUAACACUGUAAAGGAAAAAGAGAGAAAACAAGCAAAGAUACGUAGGACGGAAAGGAAGACAGCCAGAUCCAGUGACUGACUUGGUAUGAAAAUGAGGAAAUGCAGAUAGACCUUGACGUUCAACAGCAUCCACACAGCACUGCUGGAGGAAGAGGAAGAUUUGUGCAGACCAGGCGCACCACAGACUACAACUGUCCAGCUUCAAUAAAUGCUUGUUAACCUCUUUGGUCAUUUCUCUUUUUAAAUAAACGCCCAUCACAGUA